AUCGUGACCCGAUCACUGUUCCAGUGUUCUUUAUAAUCCGAUUGUUGACGGCUUAACCUGCGAUUGUUACAUAUACCAGUUUGCAGUGCAGUGAAUGUUGUUGAAUGUUUAGCAUUGGAGUUUUCUUAUAUUCAAGAGGAAUUCAUCUUAAUUUUUGGUUUAUCUGUGGAAGAUUCAACAAAUGAGAGACAACAUACAAAAUUCAACUACAUGAGGAAACAACAGAAAUUAAACAAAGAUGAACGCUUCACUAAAGAAUGUGCGCGAGCAGCGACUUCUGGACCGAGAGCUCCGCCAUAUUGAUUCCUUGUGGCACCAUGAACUACGAACUCUGACAAAACAGAGGCUGGAGAUCACCCGUGAAUACACCCAGCUACAAGAGGACAAGAAGAAUGUGGAAUAUCUCAAAGACCAGAUUCUCCCUCACGAAACAGACGAAAAGAAGCGGAUAGAACGACUCAGAGAGUACGCAGAGUUCACCAGAUCCGAGAAGGACAAAGGAAAGAAGGAACACACCAACUUGACUAAAUACGAUUUCAAAGUCGCUAAUUACGAAAAGAAACGCAUAAGAUUAGAGGAAGUUGAGAAACCAAUGGAAUUAUUGAGAGAAAUAGGACUCUCCCAGUCUUUCCCGCCAAUACCUGAGAAGCCGAAACUGGCUCGAUCUAACUCUGUGAUAGAGGGUCUAAUCAAAGCCAAAAGUACAUCAGAGACGAAUCUUAAUAAGGAUAUCAUUCAAAGAGACGUGAUCAAGUCUAAACCUUUAUAUCUUAGUUUGCCGGACAUUAAGAACGCGUCUGCUAGAUCAAAGCGAUUCCGAGGCUGUAGGGGGCGUGACGCAUGUUUGACCGCCAUUCCCAACAUCAGCGAACUUCCGGAACUUAUGGAGGCGGUGACGCUGAAGAAGAAACGUUACAUUCACACGUCAAUGUCCAUGAAUGAGCGGCGACACACCGUCAUCUUCUGAUCUCUGGCCACGUGG